AUGGCGUCCAACAUCUACUUAGUCCGCCAGCGCCUCAGCAGGCUCGGCCAGAGGAUGUCCUCCUUCCAGCUCAACCUCAGCCCGCUCAAGGAGCCGCUGGGCUUCAUCAAGGUUCUCGAGUGGGUUGCUUCUAUCUUUUCUUUUGCCACAUGUGGAGGUUUUAAGGGAAAAACAAGUAUUGUAGUUUCUUGUCCUAAAGAAAAUCAAAAUCAUACGGUUACAGCGGAUUUUGGUUAUCCAUUCAGGUUGAAUCAGGCAUCAUUUCAGUCAUCUUCGCAACAAAAUGUGUGUCAAGUAGACUGGAGUAAAUAUGUCCUUAUUGGAGAUUAUGCUUCUUCUGCACAAUUCUAUGUUACAUUUGCAGUCUUCGUCUUCCUAUACUGCAUUGCUGCUCUUCUGCUUUAUCUCGGUUAUACAAACAUGUAUCGGGAUAGUCGAAAGCUUCCCAUGAUUGACUUUAUCAUUACUCUUGUGGCGACUUUUUUGUGGCUGGUGAGCACCUCAGCCUGGGCUAAAGCUCUUACAGAUAUUAAAAUCGCUACUGGCCACAAUAUUGUCGAGGAACUUGACCCAUGUAUUGGUCAAUCUGUGAAGUGUUCUUUUGGCUCUGUGUCUAGUAUGGGAUCCCUAAAUGUAUCUGUGAUCUGUGGAUUUCUGAAUAUGAUACUUUGGGGAGGAAAUGCAUGGUUUGUGUACAAGGAGACCAACUUACACAGUCCAUCAGAUGCAGCUGCUUCCCAAAGCCAAGGAGGUGUCCCACCUCCCGCCGGAGUCUAAUGCAAGGGAGAAAUACACUGGAUGAGAAAUAUGUCUGUACUAUUGACCUGUUGCCAACAUCUUGAAAACCAUUAUUUGUUCCUAAUAAAGUAAUGGCUCUUUCAAUAAAUUGGUGGGUUAAAAUUUUGCUGCUUUUUUACAUAAAGCCUGUGCCUUUCCUAAAAAUUAAAGAUGUAAAUGUAUUCUCACAUGUAAAAUUCAGGGUCUGUUAUGAGGUGAUACAUAAUUUUAAAUGAAUGGUAAUUUCUUCACUAAGUUGUUUGCCUUCCAAAGUGUUUACACCUUAGCCUUAACAUGUACCUUCACUCAGAACAGAAUUAUAUUGUCAUAUCAUAAUAGGAAGAAAAUCGCUAUUUGGUAUAUACACUACUGUAAGCUUGUACAGAUCAUAUACUUAAGACCUAUCUUUGUUUAAGAAAGCCUUAAUUAUAGAAGACAUAUUUAGGAGAAAAAAAGCAUAAUUCGGACUUUAUAUCUGAGCAUUGUUUAUGUUACAAUUUUUUUUUUAAUUGCAAACACUGGGUGUAUGUUUUAUUGCUGUUUUUCUAAAUGACCUAUAGUACCGAUGGUGUACUAAAAUUGUUCGGGGAGUGGAGUUUGGAAAUUUCUAAUAGAUGUACAGUUGAUUUAGUACUUCUGUUGCAUGAGAUUCCAUUAUGUUGGUUUUGCUGCAUAAGUAGAACAUGUUCCAAGUAGAUCUUUGACAUGUAUGGGCAUUACUCUGAAUGAUGUUUGCUGUCCUUUGUUGCUCCUGCUACAUAAAGGCAGGCUGAAAUCUGGUCUUGCAGAUAGAGGAAAAUGAUCCAACAUUUUUUGUUUUUAGGUCCUGUUGGUAGGGUUAAAAAAAAAAAUAUGGGCUUGCUCUUCCUAGCUUGUGUUCUCCCUUGAACACCUCUUUCUCUUUCUCUCUCUCUUUCGCUUUCUCUUUCUCUUUCUUUCUCUUCCUCUCCCUCUCUCUCUCUCUCUCUCUCUCCCCCCCCCCUCUCCCACUUCCCCCCUUGUUUUCACUCUGGAGAAGCCUGUGUUUGCUCUUGAACUCAGAUGUAUUCCUCUUUCUCUCCCCUCACAUCUUUCUAAUUCAUUCAAUAAAAACUACCUUCUUGCUUCACUAAAAAAAAAUAGAAGAAAGAAAUUAUGAUUGUCUUCUACUUUUGAACAUGAAUCAGCAUUUAAAUUCAGUGACGUUGCUAUUUUGAGUUAGCAUUGAUAUUGUGGAAAUGAGAUUCAAAUUUUGUUUCUUAAUGUUCAUUCUUUACUAAAGGAUAAUUAAGGAAUUAUGCAUUGUUCAGGGGAACGUCAGUGAGCUAUAUGGGUGCACUGUAUUUGCACACACCUUUGGAUAUAUUCUGAAUUGUAGGCUUAUUCACUUUUGCUUUUUUUUUUUUGUUGUCCAGGGCAAGAUUUCCUGUUCUUAAGACAUGGUUGUUUAUAUGUGAAGCGUCUCUUGUUAUUGCCUCAUUUUUGUUGCUUUUGUUAAUGACAAGAAUUGUCAAUACGAAAAUGUGUAUCUUUUAUGCAACAACUUAAUAAAAAGUUAAAAAAGUG